CAAGCGUUGAGCGGUAGUGACGCUGAGUAGCGGCUGCCUGGAGAGGAAAAGGGGCGAGGCGGCGGGGAAAGGAGAGGUCCGGUAACUUGUUGAGACCUAGAGCAAAGCGGGCUGGGAGAGGGGUAGACGAGUCCCGGCUCCGCCAUGGGCUGUACACUUAGUGCCGAGGACAAAGCGGCGGCAGAGAGGAGUAAAAUGAUCGAUCGGAAUCUGCGGGAAGAUGGAGAGAAAGCCUCUAAAGAGGUGAAACUGCUGUUGCUCGGUGCGGGAGAAUCAGGAAAAAGCACAAUUGUGAAACAGAUGAAAAUUAUCCAUGAAGAUGGAUACUCUGAAGAGGAGUGCAGGCAAUACAAAGUGGUUGUGUACAGUAACACUAUCCAGUCCAUCAUCGCUAUCAUCCGAGCAAUGGGGAGGCUGAAAAUUGAUUUUGGGGACGUGGCCAGAGCUGAUGAUGCUAGACAGCUCUUUGUGUUGGCAAGCAGUGCAGAAGAAGGUGUGAUGUCUCCUGACCUUGCAGGUGUAAUUUGGAGACUGUGGAAAGACAGUGGUGUGCAGGCCUGUUUCAGUCGGUCUCGUGAAUACCAGCUAAAUGACUCUGCUUCAUAUUAUCUAAAUGACUUGGAUAGGAUUUCUCAGGCCAACUACAUUCCAACCCAGCAGGAUGUGCUCAGGACGCGUGUCAAAACAACAGGCAUUGUGGAGACUCAUUUUACCUUCAAGGACCUGUACUUUAAAAUGUUUGAUGUUGGCGGUCAGAGGUCAGAAAGAAAGAAAUGGAUUCAUUGCUUUGAAGGAGUUACUGCAAUCAUUUUCUGUGUGGCACUCAGUGACUAUGACCUAUUGCUUGCAGAGGAUGAAGAAAUGAAUCGAAUGCAUGAAAGCAUGAAACUUUUUGACAGCAUUUGCAACAACAAGUGGUUUAUAGACACCUCAAUCAUACUCUUCCUCAAUAAGAAGGACUUGUUUGAAGAGAAGAUCCCUAGGAGUCCAUUGACUAUCUGCUACCCAGAAUACUCAGGAUCUAACACCUAUGAAGAGGCCGCUGCUUACAUUCAAUGUCAGUUUGAGGACCUCAAUCGAAGGAAAGACACAAAAGAGAUUUACACACAUUUCACAUGUGCCACAGACACAAAAAAUGUGCAGUUUGUGUUUGAUGCAGUGACAGAUGUCAUCAUUAAGAGCAAUCUCAUGGAAUGUGGACUGUACUAGGCUAGCGAUACUCCACUGGGAACUUGACGUAUACCUCUUGCUGAUUCUGAAGCUGUGUUGCAUGCGGAGAGUGGUGUCACUCAAAGCACAAGCCAUUCCUGUUCCCAUCUAGGGAUCCCUCCUCCCUACUAAGCACUUACAGCUGCCUUCAAGUGACUGUAAUUAGACUGGAGCUCUGAGCUGUUAAUUUUUUUCUGUCUGUUUCCCUUUAUAAAAAUUACCACUAUUCUUAUUUCCAUAUAUUAAUUUGAGGGACUGGACUGUUCUUGCUCCUAUUAUAUAGCAGCUAGCAUGCCUGCUUCUCCCCUGUUUACUUCAACACAAGGGACUGCACUGUUAUACCACAAAAGUUCAUAUAACCACUCCAAUACAGUACUUGCUGUAGUCCCAUGUAGCCUGAAUCCUCUCCAAACCUCACCAUGAUAAAAAUAUCUAACUUGGGAGAUCACCAUUCCAUAACAGUCCUGGAAACUAUUCCCUUCUCUCGCCUCCUUUUUUCUGUAGUCAGCUUUGUGUCUGUCUGUUUUAUAUACUAAACUGCUCCAAGAAAUCGAGAACCAUCUUUGUGUCUGUUGUCAAAUCCAUUUCUAGCAAAACAAGAUUUAUCUUGGGAGUGCCAUUUUUCCCUCCAAUAUCACUUCCUUAUGUCUUGUUCUCAGUCACAUCUGUGUGUUUGUGAUUCACUCAGCUGCCUUUUAUGGUGCGAGUACCAUAUGGAUGUCUGAAUUCGUAUAUACCUGCUCUUGUGCUUGUAGUCAUACAUUUGUGCCAAUUCACUUUCCUCUCAUGCCAACUUUU